UUUACCAUCUGCAAAAAUGGCGUCCCGCAGCCAUGUGGAUGUAAAUGAAAGGCGUUUACGGCCUAUUUACGACUGUCUUGAUAAUGGCAAUAAUAAAAAAGCCAUACAAGAGGCAGAUAAAGUUUUAAAAAAGCAGAAAGACCUAACAUGUGCCAAGGUAUUAAAAGCUCUGGCAUUGUUGAGGAUGGGACGCCAGGCUGAAGGUACUGCAAUCCUAGCUGCCAUCCAUGAGUCUGAACCCACUGAAGAGCAGACUCUGAAUGCCAUGUCUAUCUGUUAUAAAGAAGCUCAGCAAUAUAACAAAAUUGCCAGUCUGUAUGAAGCUGCCAGCAAACAUCAGCCUAAUAACGAAGACAUUUUAUCCUGUUUGUUUAUGGCUCAUGUCAGAUUAGGCAACUAUCAACAACAGCAGAGAACUGCCAUGCUGCUACACAAACUAAGGCCCAAUAAAAAUCCUUAUUACUUCUGGGCUGUUAUGAGCAUAGUUAUGCAGGCACACAAAAAUGAAGAACAGAAAAAGCCAAUCUUUCUGACAUUAGCUGAGAAAAUGACAAGAAAGUAUAUAGAAGAGGACAAAAUAGAAGCAGAAGCGGAAAUCCUGUUGUAUUUGAUAAUAUUAGAAUUGCAGGAGAAAUGGGAUGAGGCAUUAAAAGUUCUUGAAGGGCCGCUUGGUGAGCAAUUAGGAAAUGAACUAAAUUUGCGAGAAACAAGACUAGCCAAUGUAUGUACCAAAUUAGGAAUAUGGGAUAAAGUCAACAGCAUCUACAAAAAGCUUCUAAAUCAUACGCCAGAUGACUGGUUAUUCUGGCUGAAGUAUUUGGAUUCUGGUUUUCAUUUAGCUGAUGGUUCAACACCAUCUCAGGAGGAUGGAGACAAGAGUGCAGUAACACCAGACUGUUCAUUGGAAUCUAUGCUGGCUUAUAUCAAAGAAAAAAUUAGUGAAAUGCAGGAUGGUGUCCUGUUACGUGGUCCCUAUCUAGCUGAGAUUGAGUUUUUGAAAAGGCUUCUUCAAAGAAAGUCAGACUUUGCAGCCACUGUUGGGAGUGCCUUGAAUUUGUUGCAAGAGUAUUAUAAAAGAUUUGGACAAAAGGCCUGUUGCUACACUGAUAUGAAACUCUAUGUUGAUCUUUUAAAUCCAGAGGAGGAAGAACAGUUUGUACAAUACAUGAAAACAAACGCAGGUUUAGAUUCAUCUGAUGGUGAUACACUAAAUCUUGCUGCUGAUAUUAAUCAGUUAACAAAGCAUCUAGUAUACAUCCAACUGACUAGGUAUAUGGGCAGACACAUAAAACUUGAAACAGAAGAAGCACUUUCCCUGUCGCAAGAGCUGUUGAUACGCUAUAGAGAUGGGUUAAAGUUCGGUGAGAGCUUACUGUCAACAGAUCUGCAAUACAGUGAUAAUUAUUUAUUGUUGGCAGUUCAUUUGCUUUUGGAUGUUUGGACUAAAACAGGAGAUGAUAUUCAUCUUUGGAGGGCAAUAGUUCAUCUUGAGCUGGGCAUCAAAAAGAGCACAUCCAACUAUCAGAUGAAACUUCUUCUUAUUAGGCUCUACUGUAUUAAAGGUGUGUUUGGUCCUUGCCCAGCUUUGUAUGAUGGGAUGGAGAUCAAGCAUAUUAUGAAUGACACUAUGGGGCAUAUUGUCUCAAAUCAUGUGAUAAGACUAGGGCAUUUCAUGGAGGCAGGAACAAUGUACGCCACUAUGGUCAGAUUCUUCGUUGUCAACCAAAAAGAGGCAUCAGAACAUUUGAUGUCUUCAUACAAAUUUGGAUCAUUUGGAAGGAUACAAGAAUUUGUAGAGUUCCAAGAAAGAUUAGACAACGCUCUGCAAUAUCACAGUGCCAAUACAGAGAAAAUGCUACUUGAAUUAAUUAUGCAAACGGAUCGCCAUGACUCCACAGAGUUGGCAGUAGACUGUAUGAACGUUCAUCCAUUAACUGAUUCACCUAUAAACAUUUCCAAGCUACGUGAUAAUAGGGACUUAACAAUAGCUCUGUGCUGGGAUCCUCCAAGUCUAUUAAAUUCUGAAGAAAAUAAAGUGCGUUCAAUACAAGAAGAGGAAUUAUGGCUGUCAUUGCGGUGGACACUUCUCCAUAUUUUAUUGCUGUCUGUGAUGGUUGGAAAAGAGAUUACUGGUGCCUCAGUUGUGAAUGGUAGCGGAACAAAUAGUGAUGAAAGCUUAGAGAAUAAAAAAGAACGAACGUUAGCUAUUACAGUAUUAAAUCAACGAAUGUUAGAACUUGAAAUUCUUGCUAAAAGCAGUGAUAGUUUCUUGGAACCUAGGCAGUAUCACACAGUGCAGGGGCCUUUCAGGACUCGAAUUUCAGAGUUUCUGCGAGAGCCUCAUAUAGGUGCUUUAUCAAGUAUGGUGCAAUGUAUAAAUUACAUACACAAGUUGACAGCGUCUGGCCUGGAAAUCUCCAAUCCCAAUGAUGAGAAAUGUUGGACGAAAGUGCAAGAAUUUUCCUCAAAAUUGGUUGUAAAAGAUAUUGGUGGACUAGUGAAAGACCAUCAAGGCAAACGUCAGCUAGACUCUUCAGCUUUAGAGCAAAUUGUGGCAUCUGUAGAGACCAUUUCUUAUUUGACAAUACUUGCUGGUGUGUGCAAUAGAGGCUUAAAAUUCUUAAAGAUUGGCUUGACCAAGAAAUCAAAGAAAGGCAAAGGACCUACAGCUCCUUUGCCUGAAACUUUUGAGAACUUCAACAACCUGAUCAAAGAACUGUCAGCCACUACCAAAGAACUCCAUCAGAUUGCUUCUGGAUUGGAUCCUGUAUUUUCAUCAUUAGACAUAGCCUCUUUAAGAUUGGCUGAUAUACCAGAAGAAGAGGAGCUCCAGAGGGAAGCUGAGCGACUGGUGUGGAACAAAGUAGAGCGCAGUGUGCAGCAGUCAUCUAGAGAAAUAUGUGAAGUAUUACACCACAAGCAGUUUUACCUGAAUACUCUAAUGGUUUAAGUGCUAACUACCCAAAGGGGGCAAGUUGUAUCACAAUAUUUCUUCUAAGGUAACUUGAGCAGGUCAUACAAGUCCAGCAUAAUUAACAAUAUUCACAAAGUGAUGCUUCAUACUGGUGCUAUGUGGAAAGGUGGAACUCAACUAGCAGUAUUCUCAUAGUUGCUGAAAGUGGAUCAAUUUAUAAUAAACAAGGCUAUGGCAAUAGUGUAGUAGAGAUAUUUAAACUUGACAGGAACUUACUUUGGUAAUCAGAUUAAUACCCUAAGGACUUUAUGCUAAUCAGUUUAAGAUUAACCCUAAGGACUUUAUUUCUAUUGGUAAUUAUUUAGGAAGAGGAGGAAUUUAUACACUACUUAGAUUUUAACUCUUAUGGCUUUCUGCAAUAAUGCAUUCAUUUAUAAUUGACAAAUAUAUAUAUAUUAGGAAAGGACAUAAUAAUUGUAACUGCUCAAAGAAUGAAGAACGGUUAAGCUCAAGAAUGGCCAACUGUAUAUAUAUAAAUAUCUCUGAAUUGCUGUAUGAAUGUAGGUGUUUGUAAUAUAAAGAAUGAUUGUUAAUGGUAGUUACUCUAGGAAUGUCUUACUUCCUAAUGGUGAAAUUAGUCCAGCUGUGUGAACAGCAAGAUUUUAGCAGGUUUUUGUGAGAUUAUUCCUGGUUUGAUUUUUACUGAUGAUGUAUGUGUAUAUACAUUGUUUUUAUACGUUUUUCAUUGCUGCACCAAUAAACUAAAGUCAG